AUGGAGAACUCGGAUGGGAGGAACACAGAUUCAACGCAAUGCGUGCGAGUUGCCGUCAACAUUCGCCCCCUGAUUACGUCAGAGCUUCUUCUAGGUUGCGCAGAUUGCAUUUCCGUUGCUUCCGGCGAACCUCAGGUGCAAAUUGGGUCUCAUUCGUUCACCUAUGAUUAUGUAUAUGGUAGUACGGGGCCAUCUUCGUCUACAAUAUACGAUGAAUGUGUAGCACCCCUUGUGGAUGCACUCUUCUCUGGCUAUAAUGCCACGGUUCUUGCAUAUGGACAGACGGGCUCUGGGAAAACAUACACUAUGGGUACCAAUUAUAAUGGAGAGGGAAGUAGUGGUGGAAUUAUACCGAGGGUAUUAGAUACCAUAUUCGAAAGAGUCAAGGCAUUGAAGGACUCCAGAGAGUUUUUGAUUAGAGUGUCAUUUAUUGAGAUAUUCAAGGAAGAGGUUUUUGAUUUGCUUGAUCCCAAUUCUUCUAGAGGAGAAGUGACAUCUACUGCAAAUAUCGCUGCGCCCACCAGAGUCCCCAUACAAAUCAGAGAAACCGGGAAUGGAGGAAUAACACUUGCUGGUGUGACUGAGGCCGAAGUUAAGACAAAAGAGGAAAUGACAUCUUAUCUCUUAAAUGGUUCAUUGUCACGUGCCACUGGGAGUACAAAUAUGAAUAGUCAAUCAAGUCGUUCGCAUGCUAUAUUCACAAUCACAAUGGAGCAAAAGAACGGUGAUGAUAUCUUAUGUGCCAAGCUCCAUUUAGUGGACCUAGCUGGUUCUGAACGUGCAAAACGAACUGGUGCAAAUGGCAUGCGUUUAAAAGAAGGAAUUCAUAUCAACAAGGGCUUAUUGGCUCUUGGAAAUGUAAUUAGUGCAUUAGGAGAUGAAAAAAAGCGAAAAGACGGAGGCCAUGUGCCAUAUCGGGAUAGCAAAUUAACACGCCUACUGCAGGAUUCUCUUGGAGGAAACAGCAAAACGGUGAUGAUAGCAUGUGUUAGUCCUGCCGACACAAAUGCUGAAGAGACAUUGAACACUUUAAAGUACGCAAAUCGUGCUCGCAACAUUCAGAACAAGGCAAUUAUUAAUCGUGAUCCAGUGGCAGCUCAGGUGCAGACAAUGAGGAGUCAGAUUGAGCAAUUGCAAGCUGAGCUCCUAUUUUAUAGAGGUGAUGCCAGUGGACCAUUUGAGGAGCUUCAGAUUCUUAAACACAAAAUAUCCUUACUUGAAGCAAGCAAUGCAGAGCUACAGCAGGAGCUUAAAAGACGUCAAGUAACUUGUGAGAGUUUUGCACAACAUGCUCUCGAUUCUCAGGUUGAAAAAGACCAAUUGAUUAUGAAAAUAGAAUCAAUUCGAAACGGUAAAUCUUGGGAUGAGAUUGACUCAAAUUCAAAUCAGGAUUAUGACCUAGUGAGAUCUUAUGUCUCAAAGAUCCAAGAACUGGAAGGGAAAAUCCUACGUUUGAAAGCUUCACAUGCCGCGAAUUCAAGCCGUUUUGUUGAUUGUGUUGAUUUUGAUGAUGAUGGGUACGGAUCAAAGAAUGCUUUAUUUGCACCUGAUAAUGAGUUUUCAUCUGAUUGUGAUAGCAAAGCUGUGGACAUAACAGGUGAAAUAGAAGAUGAUGCAAAGGAGCAAGAACACUCAUCUCUUCAAGAAAAGUUGGAUAAAGAGCUCAAAGAGUUGGAUAUGAAACUUGAACAAAAGGAGGCUGAAAUGAAGCUGUACAAUAAUGCUGAUACUACAUUUCUCAGGCAUCAUUAUGAAAAGAAACUUCUUGAGAUGGAACAAGAGAAGAAAAUUUUUCAGAAAGAAAUUGAGGAACUUAAGUACAAUCUAGCAAAAAUUCCAUACACCCCUGAUGACGGUGCUCAAAAGUUAAAGCAGGAUUAUCUUCAAAAGUUGAAUGCUCUUGAAACACAGGUCUUUGAGCUGAAGAAGAAACAAGAUGCUCAGGCUCAACUUUUGAGACAAAAACAGAAGAGUGAUGAGGCUGCAAAACGUCUUCAGGAUGAAAUCCAGAGAAUUAAAGCUCAAAAGGUUCAACUUCAACAAAAGAUUAAGCAGGAAUCUGAACAAUUUAGGUUAUGGAAAGCUUCACGCGAAAAAGAAGUUCUUCAGCUUAAGAAAGAGGGCAGAAGGAAUGAAUAUGAGAUGCAUAAGCUGUUAGCAUUGAAUCAGAGACAAAAGAUGGUAUUGCAAAGGAAGACAGAAGAAGCUUCCCUGGCCACAAAAAGGCUGAAAGAACUUCUGGAAUCUCGAAGGGCUUCCUCGCGUGAAACUAUGGGUGUUGGAGGUGGGAAUGGUCCUGGAAUUCAGGCUUUGAUGAAGGCAAUUGAGCAUGAGCUAGAAGUCACUGUCCGAGUACAUGAAGUACGUUCAGAAUAUGAGCAUCAAAUGGAAGAGAGAGCUAAAAUGGCCAAGGAAAUCACCAGGUUAAAGGAAGAAGCAGAUAUGAUGAAGCAAAAUAAUACAAGUGAUUGGCCCAUAUCGAUGUCUCCUGGGGCAAGAAAUUCUAGGAUAUUUUCCCUUGAAAACAUGCUUUCUACUUCUUCCACAACAUUAGUGUCUAUGGCAUCCCAGUUGUCAGAGGCAGAAGAGCAGGAACGGGUUUUUAGUGGCAAAGGACGUUGGAACCAAGUCCGAUCCCUUGCUGAUGCCAAGAAUUUGAUGAAUUAUUUGUUCAAUAUGGCGUCUUCGUCCAGGUGUUCAUUGCGAGAUAAAGAAGUAAUCAGCAGAGAAAAGGACAUAGAAAUAAGAGAUCUUAAAGAAAAAGUAGUAAGGUUAAGCUACUCACUUCGACAGUUGGAAAUGAUAAAAGCUGAACUUACUUCUAAGUUGAAGUUGCAGAGUGAAGCUUUGAAGAGAUACUCAGGAUCUGUGGGGGAUUCAGAAUAUUCUGACUUGAAUGUUGGAGGUCACAAGUAUGAUUUGCGCAAGCCGGAACACCGCCGAUCUACCCUUCUACUGGAGGACAUGGAUAUAUCUGAGACAGAAUCAGAUGAUUAUGAUGUAGAGGCAACAGAUGAUGAGUGGAAAGAGUCAGGAAAAUUAAGGGUUAGGAAAAGGAAAUCCAAAAGCAGACACUCGAGCAUGGAAAAUAAUCAGUUAAAUAUUAUCAAUGCAGAAGAUUUCGUAGACAAUUCAAGAGAUAGACUUGUAGGUGCAUCUGGGGAAACUGCAUCAGAUAUUUGCUGCUCUUGUAGUAAAACCUCGACGUGCAAGACAACAAAAUGCAAGUGCAAAGCUAUGGGCAGCAGUUGUGGGAGUUCUUGCGGUUGCCUAGCGACCAAGUGUGCCAACAGAACAUCAAUCUCGAAUGAGUCAAUGGAGCCAACACAAUCGGGAUUGGUUCAAAGGACCGGAAGUAUUGACGAGACAAACGGAGACCGCCUUCUAGCUACUCAAGGUGCAGAGUUACUUCAGGGAGCACUGGUUGAUAGGCUUGCCGAGACAAACAGUGACCAAGGGCCAAGGAAACCUCUGUCUGACAUAGGAAAUACACAGGUCAAAUCAAAUGCCCUGAAGGGUAAUCAGAGAAAGAAAUUGCGGAAAUCCACCAUAAUCCUUAUUUCAGAUCCGCCACCUUCCUCGCAGCCACAGAAUUCUGAAGUCUCCAACCCCAAGAAACAAAAUAAGGGAAAUAUUGUGGACCCAGAUUCACCAUUGAAAAUACCAAGGGCUGUGCGAAAUGCAGCAUCAUCGAAUGGUGGCUUGCCAUUCUGGGACAGGAAUGCUGGUAAGUCAGAUGAAUCCGUAAGUAAGGAUUCCGAAAUUGUUGCAGCUAGAAAUGCGCAACGACAGAAAAGAACACUGGAGGAAAAAGAGAACAACAGACGCUAA